AUGUCGAAAUUUCUGAAGCCGAAACAACCAUACAACUUCGAUGCUCUGUAUGCGUCGUGGACCGACGCUCCCAAGUGGCAUGGCAUUCCCGACCGAGACGGACCGGUCACUAAUUGGAUUGCCAAGAUGGAGGUAGAGCUGAAGGCUCGCAAAGUACCUAAGGAACAUUGGCACGAUGUUGCACGCCAUUACAUGGGCGAUAGGGCAACCAAGGCUUGGCUCUUCGUCGGCGCGGCCACCACGAAUAUGUUCGGAGCCAAGUUCAAAUGGGACUGGAAACGCUAUAAGAAAGUUAUGCUUCUCGUGCCUUGGGAGACUCUGAUCAAUGACCCGUGGUAUAAGCGGGUCACUUGGCAGAUCAAGCAGCAGCUGCAGGCAAUUGCACCAGCGCCAGCUCCGCCCCCAUCCCCACCGCUGACCAAGCAGUCGCUCCUGAAGAGGUCGCUCACAGCACGGGACGCACAGAAGAAAAAUUCCGAGCGGCCCGACCCCCGGCGUUCUGCCAGUCUGUUCACUUUCGGAAGCGGCUCCAGCGUAGGCACUCCUAAGGCGGCGACCGUCAAGAACAUGGAGCUACCCAAAGAGACGGCUAAGCCCACGUUUGUUAUGAUGGCCUCUAAAGACGACUGCGAAGGCUUGCACGUCCCGCCGGAAUGGCUUGUCAUACUCCUAGAGACGUUGAAGGUGCUCAGCGCUGAAUACCCAGUUCUCAUGAGUGCGGGGUCCGCUAUUC